UGGAGGAUCAAUAAUUUGUACGUUUUGCGUUUUGUAUAACUGUAUCAAUUCCAUCUGUUCUGUGAUCGUGCCUAAGUAUGCCGUCUCGCGGAGAGGAUAUCCUCAAAGGUUUCCAGGUGAAUUGGAUGAAUCUACGUGAUGCCGAUAGUGGGAAAAUUCUCUGGCAGGGUAACGAAGACUUAUCUGUACCUGACAUAGAACAUGAAGCACGUGUACCAAAAAAGAUCCUGCGAUGUCGUGCAAUAUCGAGGGAGAUAAAUUUUAGCUCUGCAGAACCAAUGGAAAGGUUUCGCCUAGAACAGAAAGUAUUGUUCAAAGGGCGCUGCCUGGAAGAGUGGUUCUUUGAGUUUGGAUUUGUUAUUCCCAACAGCACUAACACGUGGCAGAGCUUAAUCCAGGCGGCACCAGAGAGUCAAAUGAUGCCAGCAAAUAUACUAAACGGCAACGUCGUAAUAGAAACAAAAUUCUUUGACGACGAUCUCUUAGUGUCUACCAGUCGAGUCCGUCUCUUCUACGUCUAAGGCAAUUUCCAAACGGUCCUAAUCGUAUAACAUGGGACCAAUCAACAUGAACAGAGACCCUAUACAAAAAUAGAACAACGCACGUGUGAAAAAUUUCUUACAAACUGAACAUUUUUCAUCCUUUAAUAUUAAACACUUCU